AUGCUGAUAUGUGCAAAUAGGAACCUCUGGCCAGGCCAAAAACUAUAUUACAAGAACUCAGGCAGUGAGAAAGUUGCAGAUUUCACUUCCAGAUUUCAGGCGACUAUGCAUUUUCAAGGGAACAAGAAAAAGGCAUCGAAGUCUGCAACCGCAAACACCACCUUUUACUACACUCGAGAUAUACAGUAUCUUCUCCACGAGCCGCUGCUGAAUAAGUUCCGCGAACAGAAAGCCCUUUCAAAGAAGAUUGCUAGAGCUCUCGGACGUGGUCAGGUCGGAGAUGCGUCACGCUUAGAAAAGAACCUUGCACCAAAGCUUACGCUUGACCAUCUUGUCAAGGAGCGCUAUCCAACAUUCAUCGAUGCCCUGCGAGAUCUAGACGAUGCUCUGUCGCUACUAUUCCUCUUCGCUAACCUACCUUCGACUGCGACGGUCCCCCCAAAGACCAUCGCCCGUUGCCAAAGACUUUGCCACGAAUUUCAACACUACCUGAUUGCAACCAACUCGCUUCGCAAGUCUUUCCUCUCGAUAAAGGGGAUAUAUUAUCAAGCUACAAUUCAGGGUCAGGAUAUCCUAUGGCUUGUUCCAUACCGCUUCGUGCAGCAGGUGGCUGGCGACAUUGACUUCAGGAUCAUGGGAACCUUCGUAGAGUUCUACACGACUCUGCUUGGCUUUGUCAAUUUCCGCCUGUACACCUCUAUCGGGCUAGUAUAUCCUCCAAAGUUCGAUGUCAGGAGUGAUGAGCAGGGUGCUGAGCUUGCAGCCUUUACUUUGGAAGGCAAGAAGAUUGACGAUGGCGAAAACACCGCUAUUGAGGCCGCUAAAAACAAAGAGACGGAGUCUGUUUCAAACGAGGUCCAGGAAAAGGUCAACACAAUUCUAAAGAACGUCAAAAUCGAUACGAAUUCAGAAGCUCCCGCUGUGGAAGCACCAACUGAACGUGAGGAUGCAAUUGAUACCUUUGAGCCAGCAGCACCAGAUGCGGAUACUCUCCCACAGCCGCAGAUUAGUGGAAAUGAAGCUGCUGCCUUAUUUGCACCACUUACCAUUUUCAUUUCAAGAGAAGCUCCUCGUGCACCCCUUGAAUUUCUACUACGUGCCUUUGGCUGUAAGCGUGUAGGAUGGGACUCAGUUCUAGGAGAUGGCGCCUUCACACAUGAUGAAUUGGACCCCAGGAUAACACAUCAAAUUGUCGAUCGACCUCCUCUUGCAGAGUCGGCUCUUCCUCCAUUACCCCAAAAUCCUCAAGAAAGCGAGGAAUCGAUUCCGAGAGUACGACCUGGGCACAGAAUUCCUGGCCGGAUAUAUGUUCAGCCACAAUGGGUAUGGGAUUGCGUGAAUGAUGGGAAACUCCUCAGACCAGAUCUAUAUGCUCCCGGUGCCAUUCUACCUCCACACCUUAGCCCAUGGGUCAAGCCGUCUAAUGGCGAGUAUGACCCUCGAGUGAGUUUGGCAGAUCAAGAAGCAGAGGGCGAGGCUGAGAGAGCCGCCGAGGAAGAAGAAGAGAGCGAGGAGGAGGAGGAGGAGGAGGAGGAGGAAAAUGAAGCCACUGCGGAAAUAGAUGAAGAGGGAGACGCCAGCGAUGGAGAAGAAGGGUCAGACAAAGAAUCCCUAAAUGGCGGUAUGGAAAUUGCAAACUCAGAUGAUGACGAAGAAGAUGACAGCGAAAUGGAAGCGGAGGACUCUUUUGGUGGCUUUGACGAGGAACCAGAACUCGACGAAGAAUCCGAAGAUGAAGCUGAUGCCGCACAGAAACAACACCAAAAGGAGCUUGAAGCCGAAGCAUUGGGUCUCCAGCCGGUAAACGAGCCUGGGUCGUCUAAGAAAUCGAAGAAAGGCCAGGGAGCCAAGUCCAAGAAGUACGCCGCCGAAAAGAAGAAGGCUGAAGAAGAACUUGAACAGCAAAAGAUGAUGCUUAGCAGGAAGAAGCGUAAAUUGUUGGAUAAAAUGCUGUACUCCAACAAGAAGAAAGAGGAAGAAGCAGAGAAGCUCAGGAGGAAACGACGGAAGAUUGAACAGGGCCUCAUGAAAUAA